AUCUCCUGCAGGCCCGCGCCGCACGCACCUGAUGGCGGCCGCGCCCCGGACCCGGGGGGCUCCCCCAAAACGGGGGGUCCCGAGCCCCCUCCUCAUCGCCUGCCUCCUCCUCCUCCUGCCGGGUUCCGGGUGUCUCUCCCCCAGCCCCCCGCCGUCGUCCCCCACCCGGGACAGCCCCCUCACCCUGUCGGUGAGCACCAGCCCGACCCCGGGCCGCUCCUGCGGCUUCCCGGGAGCGCUGACGGUGGAGCCGGGCCCCACCUCCCGCUCGGGGAUCCCCGGCGCUCACCUGAGCAUCGAGUGCCGCUUCACGGCGCCGCCGGACGCGCGGCCCGAGGUCAGCUGGCUGCAGGUGUGCCCGCGGGGGUACGGCGGGGACGGCUGGAACUGCAGCUGGCCGCAGGAGGUGCCGGUGCGGGGCGGGGGGCGCCAGGUGCGGCAGGGGCAGGGGGUCUCCACGCUGAGCUUCGAGAGCCUGCGGCACAACCACAGCGGGCUCUACUUCUGCCGCGUGCGGGCGGGCGGCGCGGCCGCGCAGUCCUGCGGCACCUUCGUCAGGGUCCAGGAGCCCGCGCCGCCAUCGUUCCUGCAGCUGACGGACGCCACCAAGAACAGGAUCCUGACGGCGCAGGGCGUGCUGCUGCUGCUCUGCGCGGCGGGGCCGGGGCUGCUGCUGCUCUUCAGGAAGCGCUGGGCCAAUGAGCGGCUCCUCCAGCCCAAGAAAAUCUCCUUGGAGGAAGAAAAUCUUUAUGAGGGGCUGAACCUGGACGAGUGCUCCAUGUACGAGGACAUUUCCCGGGGGGUCCAGCCCACCUACCAGGACGUGGGGACCCCCCCUGCUGCCGACAGCCUCCUGGAGAAACCUUAAAAAAAGAAAAAAAAACCAAAAUGAGGGCGGGGUCCCCAAAACCCCCCGCUAAGGCUUUGCUGUGGGAACUCAAGGCUGCGCUGAUUUCCCCCCUCCCGAAAUUAAACUGGGGGACCCCACCCUCACCUGGAGCUGAUAAAUUGCCAAUAAAUCACGAAUGAAUCUUUAAUAAGUUGCCAAUAAACGAUGAGCAUGAGA